AUGCACUGCUCACAGAAAGUACAUCAACUAGAGGAAGUGAACUCAUACAAGACGUUCGUAAAGAAGCGUGUGGUGACGUUGUCGAGAAAAGACAAUGAAGAUAAAGAUGACCAGACAGCAGCUGUCCCCGCCAGCAGACAGCAGCGGUCCCCACCAACAGACAGCAGUGAUCCCCGCAAGCAGACAACAGCCGUCCCCACGAGAAGACACCAGCCGUCCCCGCCAGCAGACACCAGCCUUCCCCACCAGCAGACAGCAGCAGUCCCCGCCAGCACCCAGCAGCCGUCUCCUCCAGCAGACAGCAGCCGUCCCCACCAGCAGACAGCAGCCAUCCCCGCCAGCAGCCAGCAGCGAUCCCCGCCAGCAGCCAGCAGCCGUCCCCGUCAGCAGACAGCGUCCAUCCCCGCCAGCAGACAGUACCGGUCACCGCCAGCAGACGGCAGCGGUCCCCUCCAGCAGACAGCAGCAGUCCCCGCCAGCAGCCAGCAGCCGUCCCCGCCAGCAGACAGCAGCCGUCCCUGCCAGCAGACAGCAGCCGUCCCCGCCAGCAGACAGCAGCUGUCCUUGCCAGCAGAUAGCAGCGGUCCCCGCCAGCACCCAGCAGCCAUCCCCACCAGCAGGCAGCUGCCGUCCCCACCAACAGGCAGCAGCCAUCCCCGCCAGCAGCCAGCAGAAGUCCCCGCCAGUAGCCAGCACCCAUCCCCACCAGCAGACAGCAGCGGUCCCCGCAGGCAGCCAGCAGCGGUCCGCGCCGGCAGCCAGCAGUGGUCCCUGCCAGCAGCCAGCAGCCAGCCGCUGUCCCUGCCAGCAGACAGCAGCAGUCCUUUCCAGCAGACAGCAGCGGUCCCCAUUAGCAGACAGCAAUGGACCCCAUUAGCAGCCAGCAGCCGUCCCUGCCAGCAGACAGCAGCCGUCUCUGCCAACAGGUUGCAGCUGUCUCUGCCAGCAGACACCAGCCGUCCCUGCCAGCAGACAGCAGCUGUCCCCGUCAGUAGACAGCAGCUGUCCCCGCCAGCAGACACCAGCCAUCCCCACCAGCAGGCAUCAGCCAUCCCCGCCAGCAGCCAGCAGCCAGCAGGAGUCCCCGCCAGCUGCCACCAGCCGUCCCCGCCAGCAGACAGCAGCGGUCCCUGCCAGCAGCCAGCAGCUGUCCCAGCCAGCAGCCAGCAAUGGAAAGACGCGGUUGGCAAAGGUGCGAAGGAGGGGAGGUGGGAGGGGAAGCAGUGGCUAGUGACCUCGCGAGAAGAAUCACCAGCAGUUGAUCCGAGACUGCACAAGCGCCAGCUGCGAUCCUGUCCUCGGCUGCACAAGUCACCAGAGCAGAAAAAUUUGUAA